AUAAACAAAUACCGAUGAGUCAAGGAGUGAUACAUGUGACUGUAACAUACCUCCCCACCAACAGAAAUGUGGGUCCACGCACAUUAAAACGAACAUCAGCGAAAUUGAAACAAACGGAUAAGAUGAUGAGUAGAGAAAAAGAAAAAGAAAAAAGAGAGAAAAACAGUUGUACGAAUGCCGAUACGAGGAGAAAAAGAAUAAAAGAAAGAGAAGAAACGACAGUAUAAUAGCAUUAUGAAAAGCGAAAAGAAAUAAAAAAACAAGUAAGGGCGAAUACGAUGUGUAUGACGACUCAGCUUUACGAGCUCGUUUUGCAAUCUACGAAACGAUAUUGAGAACAAUGUUUAGGCACCAUUUGCACAACGAGUUCCAUUUGAGGAGCGAGAAAAAAAAACGAUUCGACGAAGAGAAUUUGCGUUAAAAUUCACGAUUGUUGAUAAAGGGUGAUCCAUAAGUCUUGGGCCCUCUCAGAAAAAAUUGUUGUUUUCUAUUUAUUACGAAUUCAAAAAAGCUCAAAAUUGGACAUAUGAUCCCUUGUAACAUGGUGAAUAUUAUCCUAAAUUUUCAUGUGUCUAACCCGAUAAAUAAGCGAAAUACAUAAGUUAACAUUUUACAGAAUUUUUUCCCAAUUUCACAAAAACGCAACAAAACACCGAGGAUUUGCGUGAAAACAAAUGGAAACUAGCACAAUCUCAAAAAAUUAAUGAUACACAACGAUAUGGAAGAAUAAGAAGUGCCAAAAAAUUAUUACGAAAAUUUGGAUCUAAACCAACAAGAUCAAACUCAAGGUGGAAACGUUUAAUAAAUUCAGAUUUUAGUGGUCGUAUAAAUUUAAUACAAAAACAUAAUUCAAAAAAUGAUGUUAUUUGGUCAAAAGAUAAAACAACAAUUCCAGCUGAACUACUCACUGUCGGUCAACAAAAGUAUUGUCCUGGUGUUAUAAUAUUUGGCGCCAUUUCUUCACGUGGUUUAAUUCCAAAAGAAUCACCAAUUUUUAUUGAUGACUGGUUAAAAACAGAAUGCGAAAAGCUUGGCAAGAAACGACAUACUAUGGAUAGAUUUCUGUAUAUAAAAUUAAUAGAAAAAGAACUAAAACCUCAUAUUGAUAUGAUAUUUCCUGACGUAAAUGUUAUAUGGCAAGAUGAUGCCGAUUCGAAGCUUCGGUCAUCUUAUGCAUUGAAUAAAAUAGAUGAAUUGUUCUAUGAACGUAUCACACCUGAUGAAGAAGCUAGUAAAAUGGCAGAUAUUUGGCCAAUAGAAAAUGUAUGGGGACAUAUUAAAGAGAAAAUCGAUGGAUGUGAAAUUACAAAUAUAGCAAUGUUGAGAAACAAAAUUGUAAAGAUUUGGAAUACAAUAACUCCGAAAAUGUGCUCAAAAUUAAUUAAUUCGAUUCCGAAAAGAUUACAAUGUCUUAUCAAUAAACAAGGGUAUCCGAUCAACAAGAAAGAUUAUAAUAACAUGAUCAUUUAA